GUCAAUUCCUCCUCCUGCGAGAGCUCGGCGACUGCCAAGAGGCGCUGACACAGUCCGGGCUUUCCCUCAGUCGACCGCGUUGCAGACUCCACGGGACCUGCCUGCAACUCCUUACUCCCUGGGAAGCCUGGCUAGGGCAGAAGCGGGAGAACGGGACGAGGCGCCUCGACGCCCCAGAGUGGGAGGGAGGGUGGUAGCAGGACUAGGAAGCCGCGGAGGGCGGGCGUUGAGGAGCAGCGGCUGCGCCAUGGCCCGCCUGAGACAAGCGUGACUUCCCAGCACUGGCGGCCAAAAGUGCCACGAGAAAACUUCUACUGGGGAAGGCAAAACUGUUCCGAGGAGAGCGCGAAAGAGCGGCCAGCUCCCGCGCGCCUGAGCAUUUCCACUCAAGUCAUACCAGAGAGAUGUGAAGAGGUGUUUGUGGUCAUGUGAGGCCUGAUGGUCAACAAGCACAAACUGUGGUGUCUCAUCAAUUUGGAAUGAACUUUGCACCUAACGAAGAUACGUCAGGGUUUGUUAAAAACAACUCCUCUCCCAGCUCUUUUAAAAGGAUUGCAAAGAAGGCUUUUAAAAAAAGUUUUAAAUGCUUCUGAGGAGGAAAUCUAAGCAUAACAUAGCAACGGAAUCCAGUAUUUAAAAUCACAGUGCCUUUUCCCCCUUUCUGGAUUUUUGGUUAGUUGGUAGUACAAGUGAUUUUUUUUUAAAACAAAAAUGGAUAAAUAUGAUGAUCUGGGGCUGGAGGCAAGUAAAUUUAUAGAAGAUCUUAAUAUGUAUGAAGCCUCCAAGGAUGGCCUCUUUCGGGUGGACAAAGUGGCUGGGAACAACCCAGAAUUUGAAGAAACCAGAAGAGUUUUUGCAACAAAAAUGGCCAAAAUCCACCUUCAGAAACAGCGAGAGCAAGAGGAGCUGAUGAAAGCAGCCUCAGGAGCUCCGAAUGGUGGUGCUGGUUUUGGUACUACUCAGCAUCAGUUUCCAGGCCCUCCUGUAGCUAGAGGUGCCACAGGAACAAAUAAAGUGCAUUUGGGAGAAAAUAUUGCCAAGCCUCCUUUGGCUGCAUCUUCAAUGGUAUGUGCAGGGCACCAGCUAGCAUUCCCAAAUCAGCCCCAACCUCAUACUGAUGGAGAGUGGGCAAAGUUAUACCAAGAUGGCAAAAGAGGCGGUAGUGAUCCUGGAUACAGUGACAGUCUGAUGGGCUCUGAAGUCCCUGGAGGACAUAGUUAUCACAGAGCAGAGCAGGCGAAUCCAUGUAGUACCAAAGCAGCUUUUUCUUCCCUCCCCAAUGAAGAGCUCAAUAAUGGCAAUAACAGGACAGCUAUACAUGGCUGGGGAAGAGAUACUGAUAAAUUUUCCAGCUUGAAAACCAAUGUGGGCUCCCAUUUAUGGUCAAAUAUGAAUCAUAGUGAUUCACUGCAGAGAAGUCCUACAAAACUUCAGACAGAUCUCCAGCCAUACCAACAGUCACGAAGUUCUUGCAGAUCCUCUGAAAGUGGGUAUGGAAGUCAGGAAAGUGGAGGUGAGGGCCCUGGGCUUAGUCAGAGCUAUGACCAAAACUCAGCUUGCCCAAGAACGUCAUCCUUUUCAAAUGCUUGUACCCCUUUGUCCUCUUCUUUUGGGUUUGGUGAUGACUUGUCUCCGGGAGUUCCAAAACAAAGAUCUUCUUCAUUUUCUGCACAUCCUACUCAGACACUUUUGAAUCGGUCUGAUCCCUUUCGUCCAAACUGUGCACUUGAGACAUUUGCUUCUGGCCCCCCAAGUAAAAGUGUUGGUGAUGGCCAACUGAAGCAUGGUGAGAAUUCUCCCUGUUUGGUUUCUGGUUCACUUCCUACUCCUUUACCUCCAAGUGCAGGCGAUCAGCAAGCCAGCACUCAACCAAAGCCUACAAGCCAUUUUGUAGUUCAUGGUCAAAAUCACAGGCUUAAUUGUGCUGGAUCUGGCAUGAGCCCUGAGCAGAAUUCUAUCAGUGUAACAUCUCAUGGACCAAUGAUUUCUGAUGUUCCAAAACCUUUUAUAGAGGGCACUGCCACUCAGCACCAUGACUUGAGUCACCAAGAAACCUCUACUUCUUCAAAAAUAAAAUUGCCCUGUCAGACACUCCUUCCACAGCAAGAACAAGGGCCAUCCACAGCGGAGUUAAAAUUAGAAGCUCUUACACAGCGUCUAGAGCAGGAGAUGGAUGCUUGUCCCAAGGCUGACUACUUUGGGACCUGUGUGAAGUGCAACAAAGGUGUUUAUGGCGCAAACCAGGCUUGCCAAGCCAUGGGGAAUCUCUACCAUGAUGGAUGCUUUACCUGUGGCGCAUGUAGUCGAAAGCUGAGAGGGAAAGCCUUUUAUUUUGUUAAUGGGAAGGUGUUCUGUGAAGAAGACUUCCUGUAUUCUGGGUUCCAGCAAUCAGCUGAUAGAUGUUUCAUUUGUGGACAUUUGAUAAUGGAUAUGAUUCUACAGGCUCUGGGGAAGUCGUACCAUCCUGGCUGCUUCCGUUGUGUGAUCUGCAAUGAAUGUCUGGAUGGAGUACCAUUUACAGUAGACAAUGAGAACAAAAUCUACUGCGUCCGAGAUUAUCACAAAGUUUUGGCUCCAAAAUGUGCAGCAUGUGGACUUCCUAUUCUGCCAAGUGAGGGAUCUGAUGAAACUAUUCGUGUUGUGUCAAUGGACAAGGAUUAUCACGUGGAGUGUUACCGCUGUGAGGAUUGUGGAAUGGAGCUUAAUGAUGAAGAUGGGCAUCGCUGUUACCCCUUGGAUGACCAUUUGCUUUGCCACUCCUGCCACCUUGUGCAUAUAGAGAAAGGCACGACUCCGGCAGCUACAUACCGGCAUCAUUACUAGUCAGGACGGCUGAAGACCCACCCCAGAAAGCUGGCAAAGGAACUGUUGUUGUCCUGUCAUUUUCUUUGAGGUGCUCAUUUCCCCUGGUUGGUAACUUGUAGUUAAGAGGAGUCAGUUUGGUAUAGCGGUUAAGUGUGUGGACUCUUAUCUGGGAGAACCAGGUUUGAUUUCCCACUCCCCCACUUACAGCUGCUGGAAUGGCCUCGGGUCAGGUCAGCCAUAGCGCUCGCAAAGUUGUGCUUGAAAGGGCAGCUUCUGUGAGAACUCUCUCAGCCCCACAUACCUCACGGGUGUUUGUUGUGGGGGAGGAAGAUAAAGGAGAUUGUGAGCCACUCUGAGAUUCAGAGUGAAGGGCAGGAUAUAAAUCCAAUAUCUUUUAAAAAUAAGCAGCUUCACCUUAAGUCCCAUGCUUCAUGUGCUAGGGAAUUCUACACAGAGCACAUUGCUGACAAAGUAGACACAGCGGUUGCGGAUCCUUGUGUGGACCUUGAGAGUGGACAGGGACAGUUAUCCAAUAGGGGAAGAAUAUGUAGUAAGUAAAAUCACAACUAAACUGUGCUCUUAAGUAGGUGGUGUGCUUUAAAACCCACUUGUGAUCUGCCCUGAGCCUGCUUGUGGGGAGGGCAAAAUAUAAAUUGAAAUAAGUAAUAAAUACCCUCCCCAUAAUGCCGUGUUUGUAGUGAUGUCUAGAACUGCAGGUCUGUUAUUUUGGGAAUGGUUAAUCUAUACUGGCCUUUGUUGUGGAAACACACCCCGCCAUCACUAGACAGUCUAUGUAAUAAACACAUGCUCAGUUUUUUGCUUGACAAACUGUCCUAUUUGUAGAAAUAUGCCAUCAACAUGCUGUUAUUGUGUGUUUUUAAAUAAAAAAGUGUGAUAAUUGGGGAUUCCAAAAGUUGAGGUGGAAUGAAGCUAAUCAUACUACUCCUCCCUCCCUCCCCCACAUUUCAUGGAGAUAUUCCUUGUCUUCCCCCAGUAGCUGCUAAACUGUAUAUUUUUUUAAAAAAGCACAAACACUGAAAAUAUUUAUGUACUGGUGAGAGAUUGGUCUGCUGUUCUCACCAUGCAUUUUAGAAACCAGGUCUUUCUAGCUGGUCCUGGUGCUCCAGCAUCUGCUGUGGAAAUUGGAUUAAAGAGUGAGGACAGAUUAAGACUGAAUAUGCAGCUUUCUGUUCCUCAUAAUCUCAGUUAUUCAGAGCACUGGGAACUUGAGAUUUUAGAGUAAACUCAACAGAUUACAGAUCUGUUCUACCUGUCAUUGGUGUGCAUGGACUAACACCUAAACGGAGUGUAAUUUCAAGAAUAGAAUCUUGUGUCUUGUAUCUUGAGCAACAUGAAAAUUGCUGUUUUCCUUUUAAACUCCUAUGCCUUAAACUAUGCCUUCAGUUAAGUGUGUGUAAUAAAUAUGAUAUGGACUAUUGUGUAUAUAUAUUUUUGUAACUGAUGCUUGAGGGAGUGUGAAACAGAUACUGGUUAACCUAUAAAAUUGUUUUUGCUAGGAGACUUCCAGUUGCUUAUCCCUGUUCAACCUGGGCUUGACUGCCAAUAAACUAAUUCUGCAUCA